GGCUGCUUUGGACGCAUUAUCAGAGAGAGAAGGAGAGAAGGAGAGAGAGGGAAGAGAGAGAGAGUGUGUGAGAGAGAGAGAGGGGUACAGUGCUGUCCAGUCUAAUCCAACCUCUGCAGCUCGCCACACACACGGUGGGAGUACCGGUGGAGGGGAAGGAGAGAGGGGCAGAGAGAGAGAGGGAGACAGAGAGGGGAAAGAGAGAGAGGGAGAUAGAGAAAAGAGGAGUGCUGUUGAAUCUAACCCAUCGCGCCACGGUCACGGCUGGGGUACCGGUGGAGAAGACAGGAGCUUCAGAAGAGAAAGGGAGAUAGAGUGGUUGUGGAAGAGAAGAGAGAGACAGCGAGAGAUGUUUCACUCUCCAUAUAAUUAACAACCCCUCUCUGUCACCGCCCAGGAGACGUGACUUGACUUCCAGAAUCUCUCAACGCGUCCAGGUGAAGACAGACACACUCACGAGCUGCAGUAGAUGACACAGGGGUCCGUGAAGUGGUGAGGAACACAGCGACAUCUCUCUCAGCAGUCUUCAGCAAUGUCAGCUACCUGACAGGAAUGCAAAAUCGUCCUGGUUCUCUUCUGGCCUCUCUCCCUGUUGAUCCGCGCUGCUCCUUUGGCAGACUGUCACCAUGAAUUCUCUGCUGAUCGCUGCUCUUCUACUCCCCCUGGCUAAUGGCUUCCAACCGGAGUGUGAGAUUCCAUGGGAGAGGGAGCGAUGCAUCCGAAAACUGAGCCAAGAAGAUCAAACCGCUUUCGACUGUCCAGGAAUGUGGGACAACAUAACCUGCUGGCCGAAUGCAGCCUUUGGCGAAGUUAUUUCUGUCACCUGCCCAGGAUACUUCAGACUCAUUAACACCGAUAACGAUUUGGGGUUAGUCUACAGGAACUGCACAUACGAAGGCUGGUCGGAAACCUUUCCCCAUUACUACGAGGCGUGCGGCCUUGACGAAAACAUCACUGAGAUUGGAGACCAGCUCUUGCAGGGUCAGUAUUAUGUGUCCGUCAAGGCUCUCUACACGGUGGGCUACAGCACCUCCCUGGUUUCCCUGGCCAUCGCUAUGAUCAUACUCUGCCGCUUUAGGAAGCUUCAUUGCACCCGGAACUACAUCCACAUGAACCUCUUUGUCUCCUUCAUCCUACGAGCCAUUUCGGUCUUCAUCAAGGACGCCAUCCUGUACUCGGAGAGCGAGGGAAGCCACUGCUCCGUCUCCACGAUCCAGUGUAAGGCCAUGAUGGUCUUUUUCCAUUACUGCGUGAUGUCCAACUACUUCUGGCUGUUCAUCGAGGGACUCUACCUCUUCACCCUGCUGGUCGAGACCUUCUUCCCUGAGCGCCGAUACUUCUUCUGGUACAUCCUCAUCGGAUGGGGGACACCCACAAUUUGCGUCGUCAUCUGGACCGUGCUCCGUGUGCAUUUCGAUGACUCAGGUUGCUGGGACACCAAUGAACACCGGGCCCUGUGGUGGGUCAUCAAAGGACCAGUCAUUGCUUCGAUCAUGGUCAACUUCAUUCUCUUCAUCGGAAUCAUUUUUAUCCUCGUUCAGAAGCUUCAGUCACCUGACAUGGGGGGCAAUGAGUACAGCAUCUACUUAGAUACAGCGUGGAACAGGCUCGUCAGGCCCAAUGAGCCGAACCACCCAGCAACCCAUCGAUUUAACCCUAGCCUAUUCACAGGGAGACUGUCUCGGUCCACACUCCUCCUCAUUCCGCUGUUUGGGAUUCACUACACGGUGUUUGCCUUUUACCCGGAAGAUGUUAACACCCUGGAUCGGCUGGUGAUUGAGCUGGGAUUGGGAUCCUUCCAGGGGUUUGUUGUGGCUGUGCUAUAUUGUUUCCUCAAUGGAGAGUUUCUUCCCGAAGGUACAGUCCGAGAUCAAGCGGAAAUGGAGGAGCUGGAAGGUAAACCGGUACUUUGCUGUUGACUUCAAGCACCGCCACCCGUCACUGGGCAGCAGCGGGGUCAACGGCGGCACGCAGCUCUCUGUCCUCAGCAAGAGCAGCUCCCAGAUCCGGAUGUCCAGUGUCAACGCCGAGAACCUCGCCACAUGAACCAGCUGGGCCACCUCCUCCUUCCCACCUCCACCGUAAGAGAACGCGCCUCCUCCUCCUGCCUCUCCCCUCGCUGUGCCCUGUUGGGUGGGGGGGUGGGAUCACACAGAACCCACUCUUAUUUAUGUCGGCCCUCCCAGGGGCCCAGGCAGGUCGCCGUCUUCAGGUGAGAAGAGUCCAGUGUUGCCCCACCCCCCCCGUCCUCACACUCCCCCCACCAGUGUUAACCCACUCGCCAGAUACAUUUGAAAAAUAAACACUGACUCGAUGUCGUGGAAUAGGACUAAAACGCCAGCGUUUCGAGUGCUCGGUCCCUCGAAGAGGGGAGGUGGAUCUCCCUCCGCCUACCCUGAGCAAUAUGCGUUAACGGUGUUGGGUGCCUGGGGACUUCCCCGCCCUCUGAGGCAGAAGAUCACCCACCCGCUGUGUGUGCUCUCGACGUGUUUGGCAGACGCCCGCAACCCCAUCUCUACCCUCCACCUUCCCUCCCCCGAAGCGGGUUGAGGAGAUCGGCCUCCACUUUUUCCCCUCGGCGUCAGCUGCUCUGGGGGCCGGGACUUCACAACCUUCAUCGUGCAGUGACGUGCCCGCCGAGGGAAGGCGUUUUGGAUCUGCACCAAUGGUUGGCAUCAUCCACGGUGACGCACAAUGCUGUAGUGCUUCACGGUGACAUGGCCCUUUGUAUGCAAUCCCUUCACAAUGUCAGGGGGCCUUAUCUGGUGACCUGUGGCCCUCAGUGAUGUCCCAGGACCUCGUGGUCCUUAAUGUAAUCACAAGACCUUAUCUGCUAACGCGUGGUCCUUAACGAUGUUGUGGAACUUUUACUGGUGACGCGCAGUCCUUAGUGAUGUCACACAACCUGAUGACAUGUGGUCUUUAAUUAUGUCAUGGGCCCGUAUUUGGAACCUUUGUGAUGUCACUAGGUCUUAAAUGGUGACAUGUGGUCCUUAAUGAUGUCACCAGUCUUUAUCAGGUGACUUGUUGGUCCUUAAGUGCUGUCACAGGACCUUAUCUGGUGGAAUGUGGUCCUUAGUGAUGUUAUAGGGCCUUAUUUUGUGACAUGUGGCCCUUCGUGAUAUCACUGGGCCUUUAAAAAGUGACAUGUAGUCUUUAGUGAUAUCACAAGACUUUAUCUGGUUUUGUGCAGUCGUAAAAUGAUGUCACAGGACUGUAUCUGGUGAUAUCUUGUCCAUACUGAUGUCACAGGGCCUUAUCUGAUGGCUUAUGGUCCUCGAAGGUGGCAUGAAUCCCUUUGAGAUGUCACAUGACCUUGCCUGUUGCCAUGUGAACCUCAGUGAUGAUACGUGGGCUUCUCCCUUUAAUGUCAUCUAAUGUUGUAGGGUGACACGUAGCUAGGCCUGGUGUGACAAGCCGUGGCCCCUUUUUUACCUGACUGGCCAGCUAUGGAAACAGGUGGGGAGAACAGGCAACUUCACAGCUAGCGUACCCAUUAUGCUUUUGAUGGUGUUUGUUGCAAGCUUCUACUGCGGCCACGUUGCCCCAUUUGUGAACAACUGGGUGCGUUUUACAUUGCCCGAGGCCACAUCGUCCUCUUCCGCCACCCCCCCCACCAAGCCUUUCUCACUAUCUGACCAAAAUACAUUUACAAGUCGAGGGUUUAAAUUCUGCCUCUCUGCAUUCUUUUUUGGCAAAAGGGGCAAAACACUCUUGUCCAGCUUCACUGCUCAGAAGCCGUGAAUGGCUGUGGAGAGAGAAAGAGAUUUGAUUAAAUGCAUUGAUUUCUCACAGUGAAAUUAAGAUAUUUCGUCCCUUGCUGUGAUUGCAAUUACCUGAGCAUCGCCCCAUCAGCGGGGUUGCAAGCCUCAGGUGAUGGGCACUCCUGUACGGGGUGGGGCUCCAGAAAUUCACACUAUGAUUGGCAAGCAAGUUAUCCCCUUAAAGCUUCUACUUCUUCCUCCACUGACAUCAUCUUAAUUACGAUUGGGAGGUCUGAAACCAAACAAACUUAGGAGACGAGCGCAACUACACUCAGUAGCCACUUAAUUAGAUACUGGAGUGGAACCUGGUGCUGUAGCCCACUCACUUCAAGGUUCGAUGUGUUGUGUGUUCAGAGAUGCUGUUCUCCACACCACUGUUGUAACGUGUGGUUAUUUGAGUUACUGUCACCUUCCUGUCAGCUUGAUCCAGUCUGCCCAUUCUCCAUGGACCACUUCAUUAACAAGGCGUUUUCACCCAUAGAACUUCUGUUCACUGAAUGUUUCCUUUCUCACACCGUUCUCUGUAAACACUAGAAACAGUUAUGUGUUAAAAUCCCAGGAGAUCAGCAGUUUCUGAGAUACUCAAACCACCCCAUCUGGCACCAACAUGGUCAAAGUCACUUAGAUCAUAUUUCUCCCACAUUUUGAUAUUUGAGCUGACCAACAAAUGAACCUCCUGACCACGUCUGCAUGCUUUUAUGCAGUGAAUUGCUGUCACAUGAUUGGCUGAUCAGAUAUUUGCAUUAGCAAAGAGGUGUACAGGUGUACCUAAUGAAGCAGCUACUGAGUGUAUGUCAGAAAUGGAAUGCAAUCCAAGAUAUUCCUCCUUAUACUUCCCUCACAUUGAUAUGUUCAAGACCCGAAUACAUCAGACGCACAAUAAAGAUGCAAGCCUUUCUCUACUCCACCCAUGGGGACUUGCAACAGUGCUCGACGUUGUCCAGAAAGGUAUUCAAGUUCCACAGCUCCCCCAACGGGGUUCUGCAAUGAAAAGCUGUGCAAAACAAGAAAAAUGCGCAACUGACCAGCUCACUUUGUACAGUUUGACCGUUGUCGUCUGGGGUGUGAUUGCGUGUGAUGUGAAUGCGGCAGUGUUUAGCUGUUGUGAAGUGACUCUGUUUUGACCAGAAAUGGUGUCGUCAAUCUUUGUCGUUGCAAACAAAAAAAAAAUGGCCUCCUCUCAUGAGAAAGGUUGUGGGAUUUGAAUCUCUCUGCAUCGGAAUAGACCAUAAGACAUAGGAGCAGAAUUAGGGCAUUUGGCCCGUCGAGUCUGGGAUCCCCAGUUAACAGAAAAUGGUGCAUGGCAUUUCUGUGGAAAGGUUUUUCCAAAUCAAGAAAGGGGACAAAAUUGGCCUGUGCUGUAUGAACAUGUACAGAUGAGGUUCCUAUUUGCAAAGCUUCAGAACUUGUUGGUGCCUCCUUCAAAUGGGGUCUUGGCAGUGAAUUGACAUCUUGUACCAAUGCUUGAAUUUGCAAUCGUUUUAUUCCUAUAUUAGAGGAAGGGCAGACUCAUCGAGUUUCCUUGCUUAGAAGGGGAAAGGUUCCUCAGUGCUGUCAUUGAUAUAAAGGAGCUUGGCUAUCAUUGCUCAGAGAUGGGAGAAGGUUGUUCUAGAAGUUAAGGCUACGUUGCUUUUAGAUGUUUGCCUACUAAGAUAUUGGGCAAGGAGGGAAACCUAUGGGGUGGGGGAACAGAAAUUUAAUCAAUAAAAGACUGUCAGGAGAAACUCCUUCACUGGAGUUUUGAGAAUGUGUCACAAGGAAUGAAUGAGGCAAAUAACCAAGAGAGUUUUGCCAGCAGGGAGAGUAUGGAAGGAAAUGCUGGUGGGAGGGCAUUGGUAGGGUUGGUGAAGCCUUGUGUGAAGUGUGACUAUGGCUUGCACUUAUAGACUGACCUUCAGCCUACAAUUCUGUGUCAGAUGUUUGGCAAUAUUUGUCCUGCUUUUCUUAACGAUGCCUUGGUAUAUUUUUUAAAAGAUUUAGACAAUUAUUUUUUUUGUUGUUUGGAAACCUUGAAAUAAAGUCAGGAUAAAGCCCCCAUCAGUAUGCAAGGCUUUAGUACGUGGGUGGCCUUUGUGCUACAGAUCUCCAGGGGCUUAAAAUGGGAAGUGAUUAUUGCACAGCCAAAUAAGUUUGAGAUGAGGUAGAGCUAACAGCAAACAGAGUCUACUUACUCACCAAGCAGUCAACAGAAUCUUCGCACAUCAAGUGUGUGUGAACUACUGCAAGCAUAAAUAGAGCAUGGAACAAUACAACACAGUACAAGCCUUUCAGCCCAUAAUAUUGUGCUUCUUCUUAACCUGCUCCAAGAUAAACUUAACCUGCAUAGCCCUCCAUUUUUCUAUCCCCCAUCUGCCUCAGAUUACAUUAAGACAACCCAUUCAAAGGCUGUUCACCUGGAAAAUGGUGGGCUGAAGAGAGGAUAGUGACAUGAUGUUAAGCACUGGAUAUCAUCAGUGUCGUUUCUAGGCAAUUGUUUCAUCAGCACCAUUGAGGUGGUACCUCAAGGUGAGCGUUUCCUUUGUCACCUGACCCCCACCUCUUCUACAUUGACAAAACUUUUGUUUGGUAGUGUCUUAAAACAACACAAACAAAAUGCUGGAGGAACUCAACAGGUCGGGCAGCAUCUAUGGAGGGGAAUAAGCAGCUGACGUUUUGGGCUGAGAGCUGGAAAGGAAGCCAUAAUAAGAAGCUGCAUAGGAGGGGUGGGGGAGAAAUAAAAGCUUCCAGGUGCUAGAUGGCACCAGGUGACGGGGAAGGUGGGUGGGUGGGAGAUGGGGGCAAUGAGGUGAGAAGCUGGGAGGAGACUGGCGAAGGGCUGCAGGAGAAGGAGUCUUGAUAGGAGAGGAGAGUUGACCAGGGGAGAAAGGGAAGGAGGAGGGAGGAGGUGGACACGUGAGGAGAAGAGGAAGGGAGCUGGAGUGGGGAAUGGGAAAAGGGAGAAGAGAGAUUUAUGGAAAUUAGAGAAAUCGGUGUUCAUGCUGCCAGGUAGGAUGCUACCUAGAGGUGUUGCUCUCCAACUCACGGGUGGCCGCUUCACGGCAUUACCUCACUUUAGGUGUGAUGUAAAUUAUUACUGUUGCUGGGCAUUGGUCAGGCACUUUACCCCGCGGAGAAAGUGGCAAAUAAUUAGCCAUGGCACCAUAAAUAUCACAGCACCAAUCAACGUUACCCUCGCCCCAACACACGAUCAGUCCUCCGGCAUUUUGUGUAUGUAAUUCCGGAUGUCCAGCAUCUGCAGAAUUUAUUGUGUUACUGAUGACAAUAGGUGAUCUAAAUUCUGGAGUUCCCCCUCCCUUCUAUAAACUUUCCCCGCUGACCAGGGACCUGCUGUGACUUGAUGGGCUCACUGAUCUUAACCAACUAUUACCCCACAAAGUUCCCUGGGCCAUUUUUUAACAAUUAAGGCAUUGAACAUAUUGAAAUUGCGGUUAAUAUUUAACAAUGAGUGUUUACUGAUAAGGAGGAAGGAAUUCACCUUCUCAGUAAAAUUGAACCGGCUUUCUCUGCAAGGAGCCACUAACUUCAGAUUCAGAAUGAGGUUUAAUAUGACUGUGCGGCAGGCACACGAGAUGCUGGAGGAACUCAGCAGGCCAGACAGCGUCUGUGGAAAAGAUUGAACAGACGGCGUUUCAGGCCGCCUGGCCUGCUGAGUUCCUCCAGCAUUUUGUGUGUGUGAUGCUCCCAUUUCCAGCAUCUGCAGGUUUUCUCCUGUUUGUGAUUGGUUUAACAUCACUGGCAUAUGCUGUGAAAUAAGUUGCUUUGUGGCAGCAGUAUAUUGCGAUACAUAAAAAAUUAUAAAUUACCAUAAUGUAUAUAGGAUAUUAAAAUAACUAAGUAGUGCAAAAUCAGAGCAAACAAAAAGGAAAAGAAUUAGCAAUGUAGUGUUCCUGGGUUCAAUGACCAUUCAGAAAUCUGAUGGCGACAGGCAAGAAGCUGUUCCUGAAUCACUGAGUGUGUGUCUUCAGGCUCCUGUACCUCCUCCACGAUGUUAGCAAUGAUAAUCAUAGUCAUACUUCAUUGAUCCUGGGAGAAAUUGUUUUUUUGUUACAGUCGCACCAUAAAUAAUAAAUAGUAAUAAAACCAUAAAUAGUUAAAUAGUAAUAUGUAAAUUAUGAAAUAAGUCCAGGACCAGCCUAUUGGCUCAGGGUGUCUGACCCUCCAAGGGAGGAGUUGUAAAGUUUGAUGGCCACAGGCAGGAAUGACUUCCUAUGACACUCUGUGCUGCAUCUCGGUGGAAUGAGUCUCUGGCUGAAUGUACUCCUGUGCCCACCCAGUACAUUAUGUAGUGGAUGGGAGACAUUGUCCAAGAUGGCAUGCAACUUGGACAGCAUCCUCUUUUCAGACACCACCGUCAGAGAGUCCAGUUCCAUCCCCACAGCAUCACUGGUCUUACGAAUGAGUUUGUUGAUUCUGUUGGUGUCUGCUACCCUCAGCCUGCUGCCCCAGCACACAACAGCAAACAUGAUCGCACUGGCCACCACAGACUCAUAGAACAUCCUCAGCAUCGUCCGGCAGAUGUUAAAGGACCUGUCUCCUCAGGAAAUAGAGACGGCUCUGACCCUUCUUGUAGACAGCCUCAGUGCUCUUUGACCAGUCCAGUUUAUUGUCAAUUCGUAUCCCCAGGUAUUUGUAAUCCUCCACCAUGUCCACACUGACCCCCUGGAUGGAAACAGGGGUCUCCGGUACCUUAGCUCUCCUCAGGUCUACCACCAGCUCCUUAGUCUUUUUCACAUUAAGCUGCAGAUAAUUCUGCUCACAACAUGUGACAAAGUUUGCUACCGUAGCCCUGUACUCAGCCUCAUCUCCCUUGCUGAUGCAUCCAACUAUGGCAGAGGGCAUGUCCUGGGUGAUAGGGGUCCUUAAUGAUGGACGCUGCCUUUUUGAGGCAUCGCCUUUUGAAGCUGCCGUCGGUUCUGGAGAGGCUAGUGCCCGUGAUCACUGCAGUACAUCCCAGAACACGUCUCAGUCAAUGAAAUGUUUUACUUCGCUGCCGCAGCGGAUGAAGCACUGCGGACAAUUUUUGCACAGGGAGCUCCCGGAGGAGGCAGCCUUGAUGAUCUAGGGAAGCCUGUCAGCGCCGCCGCCUCACAGUUCCGGUGUCUUGUGUUCAAUCCUGACCUCGGGAGGUGCCACGUUACCUUCUUGCUGCUGUCCGUCAGCUCCAGGUUCCCCCCACGUCCCGAAGGCACACUGUUACCAGAACCUGAAUUCGGCAGCAGCACCGGGCAAGGCAGGAAAACCAGAGAAAAAAUUACAAUAGCAGUAAAAAGGAGCAAUGGUGAGGUCGUGUUCAUGGGUUUCAUAAAUCAUUCUGAAACCUUAUGGUCGAGGGGAAGAAGCUUUCUCUGAAUUGUUAUUCAGAUUCAGAUUUACUCCUCUCACUGGCGUACAGUACUGUGCAAGACUCAGGUGCAUGCGUAUAGGUAGGGUGCCUAAACCUCCUGCCCAGUCCUGUGUUUGUCAGUGUGGAGCGCAGAGAGAGAGUUUGUAAAUCUGGUGGGAAGGAAAGGUGUUGGGAACGGCGAGUGGUGGAGCGCCGCGGGAGGGGUGUGGGACAGGUGGCAGAGCGGGACAGCCAGGGCAGAUGGAUGGCGAGGGUGCAGACACACCCAGCCCUGACACACCAGGCAAAGUCAUUUCAUUCCAGACAAUUGGUUUAUUGAUCAUGACAGAGUGUCUCACUGGUGCUUCCCGUUCCCUCCUCUCUCCCGUCCCCUUUUCCCAACCAUGAUUCCCCUUUCCCUGCCCCCUUCCCCACUCUCAGUCCACAAUAGAAACUCAUAUCAGAAUCAGGUUUAUCAUCACUCACACGUGUCAUGAAAUCUGUUUUUUUGUGACAGCACUACAGUGCAAUAUAUAAAAUUACUACAGCACUGUGCAGUAGUUUUAGGCAGUCUACAGUACGCCUGAGACUAUUUGCGGCAGCAGUACAAAGCAAUACAUAAAAUUACUCUUAAGCUACAAAGCUAAAGAGUGCUAAAGAGGACUAACGGGGGGGGGGGUUGAUGGGUGCAUGGACUGUUCAGAAAUCUCACGGUGGGCGGCGAGAAGCUGUUCCUGGGUGUUCGGGUUCAGAUUCAGAUUGAAAUGUGUCAUUUGUGUUAACGACCAGCACACCCAGUGAUGUACAGGUGUCACCUCACAGCCUGGUGACAACGUAGCAUGUCCACUGUGUUCAGCAGAACAACACAAACAGCAAACAACAACAGAAAGAAGCCCCUUUCCACCCUCCCACACGCACGCACCCACCAACACACACACACACACACACAGACAGCUGCCGUCCCCCCAGGCUCCUGUUCCUCCUUGCAGAUGGUAGUAAAGAGAAGAGGUCCAAUGCAAACCACCCUUGGUGUGUAAGUGAGAAAGAGGAGACUAAUGGGCAAGUGAGCAGGAGCAGGUUGCAGGGGUGUGGGCAAAAUAAGGGAGGGGGGCUAUAGGGAUUGAUGGGAGCUGGUGUGCACAAAAUGGGCUGUACAGUUUACUGCAACACACAUCAAAGUUGCUGGUGAACACAG